GGCACCGGAGCCACCAUGUCGUUCGCGCUGGAGGAGACGCUCGAGUCGGACUGGGUGGCCGUGCGGCCCCAUGUGUUCGACGAGCGCGAGAAGCACAAGUUCGUCUUCAUUGUGGCCUGGAACGAGAUUGAGGGCAAGUUUGCCAUAACCUGCCACAACCGGACCGCCCAGAGGCAGAGGAGCGGCUCCCGGGAGCAGGCGGGGGCACCCGCGUCCGACGGGACCCGCGGGCCAGGCAGCCCAGCGGGCAAGGGCCGGCCCGAGGCCACUGUCUCUGCGACUCUGGGUAGGAGCCCGGGGCCCCGGAGGAACCCGGCCUGGGGGGAGGGCGGCUCUCCGCGGAGCGCGCGCAGCCUUCGGGGGGACCCGCUGCUGCGGUGUCCCGCCGGCAAAGGGGCGGAGAGCCCCCUCAGGAGCCCAGUGCGGGCCAAGACCAGCCCGGUCCGAAGGAGAUCUGAAGGCAAAGAUGUGGCGGGGGCCGUUACAGCAGCACCCCCGCCGGCGUCCAGGGAGGCCCCGGUGUCCUCCGUGCGAGUAGUGAGCACUUGUGGGGUGGUUUCCGAGGAGAUAGAGGUGCUGGAAAUGUUGAGGGAAGACGAGGUGGCCCCGGCGGCCCUGGCGCUCUCAGACGCGGAGCAGCCGCCUUCCACUAUCGAGCUGGAGUCCCCGGCCGAGGAGUGUAGCUGGGCCGGGCUCUUCUCCUUCCAGGAUCUGCGUGCUGUGCACCAGCAGCUGUGUUCUGUGAACUCGCAGCUGGAACAGUGCCUGCCCGUAUUCCCCGAGGAGCCCUCUGGCAUGUGGACCGUGCUGUUCGGGGGCGCUCCAGAGAUGACCGAACAGGAGAUCGACACUCUGUGUUAUCAGCUCCAAGUCUACCUGGGCCAUGGCCUGGACACCUGCGGCUGGAAGAUCCUCUCCCAGGUACUUUUCACUGAGACCGACGAUCCCGAGGAGUAUUACGAAAGUCUUAGCGAGCUGCGGCAGAAGGGCUACGAAGAAGUGCUUCAGCGGGCCAGGAAGCGCAUCCAGGAGCUUUUGGAUAAGCACAAGAAUACAGAAAGCAUGGUUGAGCUUCUGGACUUGUAUCAGAUGGAGGAUGAAGCCUAUAGCAGCCUUGCAGAAGCCACAACUGAACUGUAUCAGUAUUUACUACAGCCAUUCCGAGACAUGAGAGAACUUGCCAUGCUACGGAGACAACAGAUCAAGAUUUCCAUGGAGAAUGAUUAUCUGGGUCCCCGAAGAAUUGAAAGUCUACAAAAAGAAGAUGCUGAUUGGCAGCGAAAAGCUCACAUGGCUGUGCUGUCUAUUCAGGAUCUUACUGUCAAAUACUUUGAAAUAACAGCGAAAGCACAAAAAGCUGUGUACGAUCGAAUGAGAGCAGAUCAGAAGAAAUUUGGUAAAGCAUCAUGGGCAGCAGCUGCAGAACGUAUGGAAAAACUCCAGUAUGCAGUUUCUAAGGAGACUCUGCAGAUGAUGAGAGCAAAAGAGAUCUGUUUGGAACAGAGGAAACAUGCACUGAGAGAAGAGAUGCAGAGUUUGCAGGGUGGUACAGAAGCCAUAGCCCGAUUGGAUCAGUUAGAAGCUGAUUAUUAUGAUCUGCAACUUCAGUUGUAUGAAGUACAGUUUGAAAUCCUGAAGUGUGAAGAGUUAUUAUUGACAGCCCAACUGGAAAGCAUCAAAAGACUUAUAUCGGAAAAGAGAGAUGAAGUGGUAUACUAUGACACUUACGAAAGCAUGGAGGCCAUGCUGGAGAAGGAAGAAAUGGCAGCAUCUGUGCACUUACAGAGAGAAGAGCUACAGAAACUUCAGCAGAAAGCACGCCAGCUAGAAGCAAGACGUGGACGGGUUUCAGCCAAGAAAGCCUACCUCAGAAAUAAAAAGGAAAUUUGUAUUGCAAAACACAAUGAAAAGUUCCAACAGCGCCUUCGGAGUGAAGAUGAAUAUAGAACCCAUCACACAGUACAACUAAAGAGAGAAAAAUUGCAUGACGAAGAAGAAAGAAAAAGUGCUUGGGUUAGCCAGGAGAGACAAAGAACACUGGAUAGACUUCGAACUUUUAAACAGAGGUACCCUGGCCAAGUCAUACUUAAAUCAACCAGAUUGCGCCUGGCUCAUUCAAGAAGAAGAAGCACAGCCAGUCCCGUGCCCUGUGAGGACCAGUGUGACUCUCUGCCAGGAGCGCCCCAGGUAGAAGAGAAAAAUGAAAUGGUGGAGGAAGGAAGAGGGAAGCUCACAUCAUUGCAGAAAACAGAAGCCCAGAGCCUCGCACAGCUUGAAGAUAGUUCAUUAGCACAACUUGAAGCCCCUUCAUUACCUCUCAGUGGUGUUACCUCUGAACUGCCGCCCGCGGUUUCUCUUCCACUUUUGAAUAAUACUGACCUCGAACCGGGUUCUGUUACCAUAGCGCCACUCCCCCCACCUCUUCCUCCAACACCCCCUCCGCCCCCACCCCCUCCUCCCCCUCCCCCACCGCCGCCCCCUCUGCCUCUUGCCAAGGACCACUCCUUGGAGACCCUGGAGAAAGGUCAACUUGGUAGAGAGGGGAGCGAGAUGAGGACCGCGGAGCCUGCUAGCGCACCACCGGCACAGCUGUUUGACAGCAGCCAGCUGGUCAGUGCCCGGAAGCGGCUCAGAAAGACUGCUGAAGCUUUGCAGAGGAGGAGAGUGAGCUCACCCAUGGAUGAGGUGCUAGCUUCCUUGAAGCGUGGUAGUUUUCAUCUGAAAAAGGUUGAACAGCGAACUCUACCUCCUUUUCCUGAUGAAGAUGAUAGUAAUAAUAUCUUGGCACAAAUCAGGAAAGGGGUAAAAUUGAAGAAGGUACAGAAGGAAGUUCUGAGAGAAUCCUUCACACUUCUGCCUGACACAGACCCUCUAACACGAAGCAUCCAUGAAGCUCUUAGAAGAAUCAAAGAAGCGUCCCCUGAGUCAGAGGAUGAAGAGGAAGCUUUGCCUUGCACAGACUGGGAAAACUAACAAGUGACUCAACAGAAAGAAAAAAACACCUACAGUUGAAGAUCAAAGAUUUUUUUGGAAAACAAAAUUUUAAAUGUGUGAUUUCCCAACUGGAUUCCAUUAGAUGCAAAGUGUGUUGGCUCAGUGCUAUGAAAAAAUGGAAGCACAAUUGGCAAGUUAACGCUUUUCCAGUCAUUCCAAUAUUGGUGGUUAACAUGAGUUUUAGAUGUGCAGUGUUCCUGAUGCAAUGAAGAAAAGGCCUUCCAGAGAUGCCUGGUUUUUUAAGCACCUUCCCUUCCUGUCCACCCAUGUACAUCUUCGUAGUGGCCAGUCAAGCUAGGGGGUUGCUCUGAGUUUGAAAAACACUGGGUUGACAGAGACCUGUGAGCUGUAUCGGGACUGCUUUGAAAUCCAUCUUUAAGUGCACUGAAUAGUCCUCUGCUUGAAAACACAGAGCUUCUUCUGUAUCAGCUCGUAUAGUCGGGACACUCUGAAAAAGAAGUUUAUCAUGAUAGCUAUAGGACAGGAAUUGGAAAGAAUCAGAUGGAAAUGCACUGAAAAUUUCCACAUUACUCAUCUCCAAAGGAAUUUUCAUAAAGAUGUUCAACAUCUGAAAAGAUAUAUAACCAUGGAGAUACACUUAAUGUGUUUACCACAACAUGAUACAUUUAACAUGGCGUAUUUUUAAAAGACCACAUACUCUCACACUUUGUAAGGUUUUGAAGUAAAAAUUUCCAUGCUUUUAAAUAGCUCUUCAUAAUUGUGAAUUUAUAAUAGUUUGAAUUUCAUGUGCAGCUUUGUUUAUGAAAAGCAAUACUUUGUAACUUGAUAAUAUUUCAGAUUAUUUUUAGUCCUUUUGUUUGAACGAUUGCUUGAUUAGUGUAAUUCAACAUGACUUUCCUAUUGAGAAUCAAAAAUGAGGAUUCAAUAAUAGGGAUGCAGAUCUUAAGUCUGUUUAACAUGCACCAUUUAAGUUUUUCUUUUUAUGCUCCACAGUGAAGUGUGCUCUACAAGUAUGCAGAAAGUAGACAGGCAGAAAAGCCUCCUUGGAUAGCAUUUCACUAUCUUCACAUGUUUUGAGUGGAAUUUGGGGAGAGAGCCUUUAUUACUUUUAGUAGACCUUUUAAAACAUACGUAUGUAGUUCCAGGUGCUGAGUUUGCCAUAAUGGCACCCCGAAGGGCACAUUUAUAUGAAUGGAGCCAUUAUGAAUUCUCAGCAGGAGUGUUGUGGGCUUGAAUGAAGGUAGAUAUGGCAGACUCGGUCUGUAGUAUUCUGUAGAGUGUAAUUCUGCAUCAGAGAGAUGUUGGCCUUUAUAUGAAGGGAGUUAAGUAAGGACUGAUGUACCAAAAAGAACUUUAUUUCUUCCGAGGCAUUUCUCUGGCCUAGACCCAGAAAGCAGUCCCAGAGUAAAAGUCCUCCAAUGCAUAUGAAUUGGUUUUUCAGAAGAGAGAAAACAUGCUUACACCUUUGGUCACUUUAAGAUGUAUUUCCUUUAAAAUGAUUAUGGAGAAAAUUUUCUGUUUAUUGAUGAGAGUAGGAGCUUUUGCACAGUUUUUACACAAUACGUUAGUUUUCUUGUAUUAUUCCUAUAUCUUACCUUGGAAGGUUAAAAUAUAUAUCUAGUAUAGAGACUUAAUCUUUAUCGCACAGUGGGGGAGGUGGGUGUGGAAUUUUCCCCGUUUGCUUCAGUAAAGCAUUGAAGCGUGCUUUUCAACCAAAAUAAUGAUUGGUUUGAUUAAUAUAAUUUGGCAAAAAAGUUUAAGCAAAUUUGCAAACCUUAAAAAAAUCAUGUAUCAGUUUUAAGCCUUUGGAUGCUUAUGAAUAAGUUUGUUUUUUCAUUCAUUGAUAUUUAGAAAAAUACAGGAGAACUUAACAUUAAAUUAACAGCAAAAGCACUAGAACUUUUAUAUGUCAGGAAUUUGCUCCCUAUUUAGUGUUACAGCUGGGAUUCCAUUAAAAAACAGGCUCACUCAUAAAUGGGUACUGUGAUUUGUCUUCCAGAACCAUGUUCUAGUAAGUCUGUAGUACUCUGGAGGGGGUACAGACCCCUGUGAAUCCUUUUGGGGGUGCAUCCACAACUCUGAGUACAUCCCACUGUGGCACUUCAUGAAGAUUAUCUCACUUGAAGAUGAUGAGUAGGUUAAAGCAAACCCUUGUUUACAACCAGCUGUACUUAUUCUCUGCUAAAUAAACUUUCUCCACCACACCUAUUUUCCAUCCUUAAGAUUCAGAUUCCUACUUGCACAGAAUUACAAGUUACUGCAGAUCAUCCACCUUUGGAGUUCUCACAGUGUUAAAAUUUCAAAUAAGUACAGUCCACUUGUCCAGGAUGAGAUUACUGGUUGAAUCCUCAAGUUAAUUUUUUUCCUUAUGUUUAAGAUUUUAUUUGAGAGAGAAAGAGCAUGGGAUCAGAAGAAGCAGGCUCCCCGCUGAGCAGGGAGCCCAAUGUGGGACUCAAUCCCAGGACUCCAGGAUCAUGACCUGAGCCGCGAAGGCAGUCGCUUAACCAACUGAGCCACCCAGGUGCCCUCCUCAUGUUAAUUUUAAUGCAGUUUGGAACCCAACAAUUCUGUAAGCAUGGUUAUUCCCCCUUCCUCCCCCCCUGCCCUUAAAAAAAAAAGUGUCUUUGCUCUUAUUAAAUUCUAAUAUAUUUAAUUAAGAUGGUAGUUACAGAUGAUCACAUAUUUCAAGUUCCACACUUGCCCAUACUAUUUAUAUGGCUUAAAAUAUUUGAGAGUUACAUCUCAAUGUGUCAUUUCUGUCAUAAGAAUACACAAACAACUCCUUGUUUGUGCUGAAUCACUUUAGAAGUUCAUUUACCAAUCUAGUCUCGACUAAUAAAUUUUAAAUAGGGAAAGAGAUAACCUGAGGAUAUUUUAAGGUUAAGAUUACUGCUCACUUGAAUGCCAUUUUUAAACAGUUCUCCCACUUACAGUCAAAAUGCUGUGUAUAUAACCAAUGUGGUACAUAUAGAAAAGGUAUUCCUAAUCUCAAAUCUGGGUGGUACUAUGGUGGGGCAGUGUGGUGAAAUUCCUGGCUAAAGAGGAUUUUUAAGAGAUGAGCAAUUGUCUUGCUUACUUGAUACAUGUUUUAUAGGUUUUGAGUUUGUGAGCAGCAUAAAAACAAUCAUUCCCUAGUUGUUCAUUGUGGAACUGAAAGAUCUCUUAAUGUGUAUUUUUAAACAAAUUUAGAUUCAGCCGUAAAUGUUGACCAGGUAUAGUAUUUUCCACAGUGGGAAAGUGGGGUUUUCCUCAUUGCAUGAAACCAUAGGGAAUUUUCUGCACUUUGAUUUACUGUGUAAAAUGAGGGGGCAAAAAUCCUUGUUUCUAAAAGCUGAACUGUGUAGCAAUUUUUGGUAACAUAUGGCAUGGCCACUUUGCCAUAAAAUGUGUUAAAUUCUGAGGCGUACUUAGGCCAUAGCAGGCACUAAGAAUUAAACCUAUCAGUGGAACAAAAAUGAACAGGCAGCAUCCUCUGUUUGGAAUGGGACCAGUGUACAAUUAACACAAUUUAAUUUUAUACAUUCCUUAAGAUUCCAUUUUUUAAUUGCAUUCAUUGAGUUUGUGUAUAAAUUUAAGUCAAUGCCUAAGUCAGUUUAGUCUUAGCAUAAGGAAAGUUUUUUCUUCCACUAAAUACAAAGUUUUGGGGUUUUGGUUGUUUUUUUUUAACCUUUAUAAUUUAUUUUAGUAUGCACAUCGUAUCAGAUACCAACCUGUAAAGUACUAUAGUAAGGGGUCCUUUAAAGGCCUUAUCAGGGAGUUCAGAUUUCAUAUACAUUAUUACCAGGUUAUUUGUAAGAAAUCGUUUUGAACAGCUGUAAAACAUUUAAAAACCGUGGCAGACGCAUUAACCAUUUGAUAAUGAGAGCAGAAACCUUAACAAGUUUUACCUAAUUCUUGCACUGAAUUUAAAUGAUAAUAUAAAGUUAAACGUGCAUUUUAAACAGAUUUUAUUUCACAUUUAUAGCUUAGCAUACAAGAAGAGCUAUGCUUAGUGUUAGAGGAUUGACCAGCAAGAUAUAUUCCAGAUGGAAGUGGUAAGAGAGUAGAAGCACCUUACUGUUGGAGCAUAUUGCAUUUAUUUAGUGCUCCUGAACAAUUCAGUAGUUACUUCUGAACUUCGCUGCAAAGUGCUCUUUAUUUUAAGCACAUAAAGAGGGAUCUCUGCCUAAUUGCUUUGUAAGUUGAAGCAAUGGUAUUUUUCAUCCUAUAGUCUAAUUUAAAAGUUUUUCCUACAAAAUGAGUUUAUAUUGCUGCCUCAACUAUCAUGUAUGUAAACAGAGGAGUUUUUUUUUUUAAGGGUGAGAGGGAAUCGGGGUCCUGUGUGUGUGCGCGCGUGUGUGACAUGUUUGCCCAUUGGGUUAUUUGGAAGAUACGGUCACUCUAAAAUAUUGUUUUACCCACAAAUAUAAAUGUACAGCUUGGUAUUUGAGGGGUUUGAUUGAAUUCAAAUUCAUAAAUGUUUUUCCCCUUCCCCACUUUUAUUAUGCCACUGUUAAGGUGCAUGUACAGAAGAUACCUCGGAGGUUGACAUAUAAUAAAUAUUUCAUCAAUGCUAUUUCACAUUGAAUCUCAAAGCAGUCAUUUGUUUUGAGAGUUAAGGGAAAGUUUUUUGUUGGUUUUUUUAAAAGUCAGGUAUAACUAAGGGUGGCUCAAUUUGGGGGAGUUAAGGGUGGAGAGGAAAGACCGUGGAAAGUCAUUUUUAGAUGUAUACACAAAGGUAUGGGUGUUGGUUAUAGAGGUGAAUUUUAACAAGGGAAGUUUUGGGUUUUUUUUCUUAAACUUGCAUGUUCUAUGGUUAACUAUCCAAGAGUGUAACAAGUUAUUCUAGCUUUUCCCAGUUCUAAUUAUAUUGGUUUUAAGAAGUCUUCAUGGUCACAAGAUGGCAUUUUCCUUUCAAUUGUGAACCAAGAGGGAUAGAUAAUACCACCCAGACAGUGACUUCUGACUUCUUUAACUUGGACAGAAUCCCCACUGUCUCGUUGAGUUUCUCGUACUGUAUGUCUUGCCAAGUGUGAAACCAUAAUAUAUAGUUUGUGAAAAAUGGAAGGCUACAGAUCAUUUUGCAUGAUUAAAGCCCAUUAGGGCUACUGAAACUGACAUGUUUUUUAGCCUUUCUGGUUAAGUGAAAAUUACAAUGGCAAACCAAUUCACCAUUUACUAGCUUUGUGCAAUAUUAUAAUGGUAGAAGCAAAACACUAGCACAUUGUGCUUGGCUUUUAAAGAGGCUUUAACACCGUACAUUAAACGGAAGUGUGCACAGUGUAUUGUAAAUGCCAACUCUUUGCAAAUUUACAAUACUUAAAUAUGCUCCAUUAAUAUUCUAAAGUAUUAAAAGUACAAAGAAAAAACUAAGCAGGCAUUUAUAGCAAUACUCUGAAAUCUCCAAUAAUUGUUUUGACUGUUGCCUUUUGCUCCUUAGUGCAACUUUUCUGCGUUGUAAUUAUUGUAUUGCUUUGUAUUUUCAUGUUUUUUACACUCAUGACUUCAGAGUUAAGUACUUGUACAGCAAGUAUUGCAAUCACUUUCUCUUCUUGUACAUGCAGUGUAACAACAUACAGUUUUGGUGCUUAACAAUAUUCCUUUUUUUCUUUAAUAAAAGGUAUUUAUUGAG